AUGUCUGAAUAUUGGAAGUCAACGCCAAAGUACUGGUGCAAACAUUGCAAAACCUAUGUCCGUGACACUCCUUUCGAGCGGACGCAGCAUGAAGCGACAGGCAAACACCAGGGGAGUCUAAAACGGUUUCUCCGCGACGUUCACCGCUCGCAGGAUAAGGACCAGAAAGAAUCCCAGAAGGCGAAAAAUGAAAUCGAGAGACUGAAGGGGUUGGUUGCGCCCACAACAAAAGCAUCCGGCCAACAGCCGCCGCGGAAGCGCAGCACGGGGCAUUUGGAUAGUGGGACUUCCGCAUCUCUGAGUGUUAACAAAGAACAAAGGAAGAGGCAGAUGGAACAGCUGGCUGAAAUGGGAGUUGCAAUACCUGAGGAGUUUAGGCCAGAGAUGGCGUUGGCUGGUGAGUGGAAGACUGUUUCGGAAACUCUCAUUACGGAUUCUACCGUGCGCGACACCGCUGCCAUGGUUAAAGGCGUCAGGAAAAGAAAAUUGGAUGGCCAGGAGGAAUAUGAGGAGGGGGAAGAAGACGAAGCUAGCGGUGUGGUACCUGAUCAACAACGCCCAAAGAAGGUCUGGGGCUCGACCUUUAAAAGCCAUUCGGGUCUAGGAGAAGAUGAUGAAGAACUUGAGGCCCUUUUGAGCAAGACAACAAACCUGAAGGGGAAAAAGCCUAAGCUGGGAUCUAAGUCGGAAGAUGAAAGCGUGAAAAAGGAGGAACCCGCAGAUUUUCCAGCGACUGAACCCCAUCACGGUGGCGUAGCCGUGGAAAAGAAGGAAGAGAACAAUAUCAAGCGGGAAGCACCGAAUGAAGAUGGCCCAGAUGCAUCUACCAUAGCCGAAGCUGGCACCGCGGGAGACCCCACAUCUCCGGUCAUUUUCAAGAAGCGAAAGCCCAAGCAGAGCAAGAGAUAAAUACCGCUCUUGACAAAACACACCUACAAGCUUAUUACGACGAUAGAUUUCUGUAUCCGGAACCCGAACAUUGGCUCAAUGACGGUAUUAAAAGGCUGUCGCUAGACCGGAGCACAGACGGCUAUUCUUUUUUGGGCGUUGAAAACCAUGGUGAUGUACGGAGCUUCGCUCCUAUCCCCCAACAUUUCAACAAACAGUGCCCUCUUUUAGUCGUUUCGGUCCGAUCGGCUCUCUCGUCUGAUCAGAAUACCCGAAAGGAUAUAUAUGUGUCUGGUUUGACACCAGUAACAGGAAGUCUGUGCACAUAUUCCUCGAUGGGACUGAAGGAGGAUCCUAAUCCCGAAAACCCUCAAAGUCUAACCCCCAAUGUAAUCCAAGAACUGCCCAGCGAAUGUUCCUGGAUUCAAAAAGAUCGAACUGUUGUGCUGGCCGAACAGCUCAAGAUUAGGUCAUGACCCGAGUCAUUGCUAGCUAAAUAUGGAGUACCUCAUUCCUUUUGAUAGGCAUUCACU